AUGUUCAAAGCCUACGCUUCAUCCGAUUCGACGGCACAGGAUGAGGAGGACAAAAAGCCGAUCGUCACAUCAUCGAAUAGUAAUACUAUAAAUGAAAAGACUUGGCUCGAAAAUCGAUCGUUUACCGCCGAUCUGCCGAUCGUUUCUUUCCAUCAGCCAGUAACAACAUCUCGUCCUGUUGUUGACACUAAACCAAAAACGGAAGAAAAGAAGCCAAUCCAACCUAUUGUUACUAAGAAAGCUGAGACACAAGAUGAAGUAUUCUACGUUGAUCGGCGUCGUGAUCGUGCGAAUAUCACUGUUCAAUACACUAAAGGUGUUCCUCGUUAUGGAAAUAAAUUCUGUAAUCAACGUCCGUUGGGCUCUCGUAUAGCUAAAACCAAUCGUAAACAACGAAUGGUUCGUUAUUUCCAUCAGAAAAUUGAAGAUCCUGAUUCUCAUUCGGUGGACACAUUUCUCAAUGUUGACAGUCAUUUAAAACAAUUGAACAUUACCGUUCGUGAGCAGCCACAUUCAUUCGAUGCAUGGAAAGAACUAAUCGAUUAUCAAUGUUUUCUUCUAAAAAGCAACGGUCAACAAGAGAGACUGAACGCAUUGUACAGUAAACAAUUAGCAAUUGCUGAACGAGCACUAGAACAGAAUUCCAAUCGUCUACAAUAUCGUCUGCUGCUAUUAAAUCUUCGCACUCAAUCCCAUUUAUUCAGUCAUGAAAUACUCUUGAACGACUGGAAAACGUUGAUAAAAGAUUGUCAAAAAUCGAGCGAUGAUCGAACAAUUAAUGAAACCUGGUCUUCUUAUGUACAAUUCUUACUUAAUCGAAUCGAAAUCUUUUCAAUUGAAGCGCUGGAUCAAGCAUUCGUUGAAUAUUUCUCGAUCUAUUCGUAUCAUAUACAGACACGCAGUGAAAAAGACCGAAAAUUUUUAAUUAAUCAUAUGCUAGAUAUGUUUCAGAUCUGGACAAAUGUAUUGCACAAUGCCGGUUAUUAUCAACGAGCAAUUGGUCUCUAUCAAACUAUGAUUGAGUUACAUCUAGAUUUUACGACAGAAGCGAAAACAGAGUUUUCUAAACGUUUGGAGUCUUUAGAAAAAACAUGGAAUACAAAUAAAGCUCGGAUAGAGAUCUGUUCUGAUUCGCAAAUCAAAUUAUUCGAUCACUUCUUUCCACUACAACAUUCAUAUUUUGGAGAACAUAUUGAUAUUGAAAAUACAACUUCAUACAUCGACAAUGAACUUUCGACACUAUCUGCUGAAGAAAAUCGUUUAUUCGACUCGACAUACCAAUCUUGGAUACCCAUCGAACGACUACGAAUGGAUUUUUAUCAACAAAAACUUCUCAAUCACGGUAUUCACUUUCAUUCUCAACUUAUUCAAUCGUUAACAGAUUCGAGUCAAAUUGACACUGAACUCUGUAACAUAUCGUUUCAACAAUCGAUUCGGCCAUUUCUUUUUGAAUUGAAUGAUCAGCGACAGUUUCUUCUGUUGAUUAUUUACUAUCUCCGAUUUCUCAAUGCGCUUCCACAUUUGACAAUUUUACAAGAAAUCUUGGUACGACUAAAAAUUUCGUUAUCAAUCCAUUUGCAAAACCAUUUAUUCCUCGAAAAUGAAUUUCUUUCACUCUAUCCACUGAUUCAUCCAAUCACAAUCGUCCACACAGAAGAAUACUUUUCAUAUGAAUAUAUCUCGAAAGUCUACGAACAAAUUACUUCAAUUCCAUCGUUGAAGUCCUACAAAAUCGAAUUUAUUCUUCUCUAUUGGUAUUAUCUGGCAAGAAAUAUAGUCGAAGUGAAACAACAAAAUCUUUCAUUAUCAAAAACUCGACUGAAGUCGUUGCAGACAAUCAUCAAGAAAUAUUUAUCAUUGGAAGAAUAUCGAACAUGUCUUCGUUUGUAUACGCACUAUGGUCAUCUAGAAUAUGAUUAUUUUCAACGUGUAAAUGACAGUCGUCGAAUAUUUGAUUUAUGUUUUCAAACAAUUCGAACAAAUCCGACGAAUUUCGUUUCGUAUGAAUCUUAUCUCGAUCUUUGUCAUUGGCUUUCAACGUGGUUGGCUUGCGAAUUCAAUUUAAACCAUUUGUUUGAUCAAAUGCUGAAAAUAGUCUUAGAAAAUGCUAAAUACAAUUCGUUCAAUAAACAAAUCAGCAAAGAUAAACUUUGUUCAUCGAUUCAAUUUGUUUUGAAAAAACUAUUUCCGAAUCUUGAAUUCAACAACAUAAUCACACUCGUCAUUGAAUGUUUAAAAAACCGAAAGAAAGUUUCGAAAUGGGAUCAAACGAAUGAACAAGAUUGGUCCACUUAUUUACGUCAACAUCAUUCGUUAGCAUUUGAACUUUUAUUCAUCUUUCUCAAUUAUUCGUACUUACUCAACGAUCCAUUCGAGAAAAUUCAUCAUAUCAUCUUGAAUUCGGUUAUACCAUUGAUCAAUGAACAAUACAAUAAAACAAAUCAAACGAUGAUCGAUUCGAUUCUUCUCUUCUACGUGACAAUUCUCUGGAAUGAAUUAUUUACUGAACAUCUCCUGUUUAAUCAAUGCACACAGUAUUUAAAAGAGAUUAUCGAGUCUCUGCGAUACCCAUCGACUAUUCUAUGGAAGUUCGUUUCGAUUUACACAUGUCUAUUGCCCUUGUAUGGAAGUUAUGUCAAUGAAUUCGAGCAGAUGCUAACAAAUUACAAAUCGAAUAAAAAAAGCGAAGAUCGGCUCAUGACGAAAAUGUUCGUUGUCGAAAUGAAUUUAAUUCGACAUAUCAAAAUCCAACGAGCCAAUGUUGUUAAUAAAAUGUUCAAUUCCGGUUAUGAACAUCGUGUUCGACAUAGUAUUCGUCAGUUCAUUCAAGAAUAUCCGUACUUUGUUCAUUUGUGGCUGUUUUACGAAUAUUUCGAGAAAUACUCACCUGAUAAAACUCGAGUUAAAGCUGUUUUAUACGACUCCAUGCAGAAUUGCCCCUGGAAUAAAACUUUAUACAUGAAAUCCAUGUCCAAUGCGAUUAGUGAAACUGAAUGGAAACUAUUUUUGAACGUAAUGUUAAAAAGCAAUGUACACAUUCUAUUUUCUCUAGAAGAAUUCGAUAUGCUGAAAGAAUUGGUUGAAAUGAAGAAUUAA